GAUAAAGAAAAUAAAAUGGCUUUUGAAGCUCGAAGUGGCUUAUACUUCUCCUUCUUCUUUUUAUUUCUACUAUGCUCAGCUAGGGCUCGGGAUCCUACUUUAUUUUCAAGAAACCAAAAUAGCCAAUAUGAAAUAGACGAUUACGGACCACCGAGGUCUAAUCCUGGACAUGAUCCCCGUAAACCUCCUCCAACACCAGUUUACAAUGAAGAAAACUAUGAAGGAAUAGGAGCUAAACCUAAACAUGAUCCCCAUUCUGCUACUACUUUAAUGAGUGAAGGCACUGUCUUAGAACCAUCCAAAUUGAGUUCAAUAACAUGAUUUCUCAAUGUGUAAUGAACAUGGCUCAUGUCGACAUUAAAAAUAUCAUUAUGUGAAAUAAAUAAGCCAUGUAUUUAUAUGAAACUAUUAAUAAAUUGAAAAUUUGAA